UGUCUGCAUCACUUUUCUGGGGAAUCCUCCCCUUGUUGUUUCCAUGGAGCUGUGCUCAUUUAGAUGGUUGCACAUAAAUGCUAGGACUCACGUUUCCCAGAAGAAGAUUACAUCGUAAUCAGAACGUCAGUGUUAUUCACAAGUACAAUCAGUUAUUUACGGAGAAAUAAACAAUUAUCCCGCUUUUUGCACUAACAGUGAAAGCUAGAAAAGUCUCUACAAUACAUUGUUAAGAAUCCAAGUGGAUCUGUUGAGGCCUCGGUCACUGGGGCGAGUGAAACCGAUAUGAAACUUUCAACGGGCAAAGGAAGUGAAAGUUUACUUAUUUGCCUGUUCACCAGUUCCUGUUUAAAAGUACAAAUGUGGUCUCGUUUUUGCAGAAACUCGACAGGACAUUUCAUCCACAAAAUAAGAAACCACUUAACAGACUGGGGGGCUUCAUAUUUGUGCAGACACUGUGGGUCAUGCAUUUGUAUUUUAGUGAACUGGUCGCGCUGAUAACGUCAUUCUGACGGGGGCAAAUAAACACACAGAGGGUUAGAGACACAGACACAAACAAUCCACUUAGACAAAUACAGCCAUGAUUCUGACCGGUCGCAGUUUGUGUCUCCCUUCUCCAGCCACCGUCCACGAGCUGUUCUCCGUGGCCCGGGACGCCAACAUCGUCCCCGACAUCUCGCUCGAUCCCGUCCUAUCCACCUUCCUGUCCCUGGACUCGGCGGCGGCGCUGCAGCACCGAUAUGCCUUCUUACGGCAGAGCAUGAGCAGCGAGCAGCAGACGGUGUUCAGCCUCAACCUGACCGGAGCGGUGGGGGGCAGCAGGGUCACAUAUGGGGGAGUAGGUGUCGUUGCUCUGGCUCUGUCCAUGCUGUUUGACCAGGUUGCCCAACAAGUCCGAGCACGGGGUUCAACAGAAGGCCAUCUAUCGACUCAUGGAUCCCAGCCCAAGAGGAUCUUUGGCAUCACCACCUCUUCCAGAAUUGGGAGGAUCAUCCACAGCUACCUCCGCGCCGUCCCGGACAUCGCCAACAACCCGGAGAAGAUGGCCGAGACCACGGAACUCUACGACCGCUGGCUGAAACUCGAGCUGCUUGACCAUUAUGAGAGGAUGAUAACUAAGAAGAGAAUGAGCUCUGAGUCCAUGCAGCAGUGGUUGACGGGAGCUGCGUUUCACCUGCACGUGAGAAUCCACCAGGUUCGCCUCCACUCUGUCCCGUUAGGAUCAGUAGAGUCGCUCCGUUUGUCUUAUAAGUCGGGGUUAAAUCACCUGGUUCAACGUUACACCACCUAUCUGCGCAGAAGCAUCAAGGAGACUGGAUCUCCAGGACCGGUGCAACCCAGAACCAACACAUCAACCCCAACCAAUGCAACCUGCUCCAGUUUUUAUGUCAGCCUGACUGGUCCCAGUGUCUCUGCUGAUGGAUUUAAUAUGUCUACCCCACCCCGUUUAACUGCUGGAGAUAGCAGGGGUUGUAAAACAGACGGAUCCGGGGGAGACUUUGGACUCCGUUUGUCAAAAAAAAGUAAUGUCACAGCUGACGCUAUGAUAAGCAGAAAAACACUCAACUCUUCUGCUGACUCUAACAGAAAGGAGGAGGAGGAGGGUGGUGUGCUUGGUUUGUUAGUCAUUGAGCCUUCGAGAAACGUGAGUCAUAACGUGCAGCAUCGCCCCUGUGAGUCUCCAGCCAUACAACAAGCCUUGGUCACCCGCAUUAUGAACGCCCAGGACCUGCAACGCAACCGAAACUUUUUCCUUUACCCUGACAAAGUCUUCCACGGCCUGCUGAGGCAGAGAGACCACUUUGAUCUAGAGAGAAGUUAAAUAAACUUUGAGUUUCCCCCAAUGGAGAUCAAUAAAGUACUAUCUUAUCCUAUCUUAAAUUGCACUUUAAAUGAUGACCAGCCUAUCACUUGCUACUGACAAUACCCAUAAAAUGACCAUAAAUAUGACUAACCUUACUUACAGAGGGCUAGAUAAAGCUAAUUAGCUUAGCUUAUCAUAAAGACUGGAGACAUGGGAAACUGCUAGCUUCGACGAUUUAUAUCUUUGCUUUGUUUAUUCAAUACACAGACUAGAAAUGAAAGAAAUGGUAUUCUGCAUCCUCCACCUGUCCUGCAUAUUUUCCUGGUUGGAACCUAAAUGCUAAGCUAAGCAUGUGCAUUUUUCACUUUUUAUUUUUGUUGAUUUCCCCCACAAUUUAUUAGAAAAACCUAAAACGAGUGCAGCCAACUGCAGCAGUCCUGACAUACUCUGUGCCAAGAGGAUAAAGCAUGUUUUCCAACUGAAUAAAACCAAGAGCAUGUCAUUGUUUUUCUCUUUGUGAGGACAUUUGCAUAUGGCCGGUCCAGUACUUUCCUUUUAAAUCGUGUUUGCAUAAUGAUGAAUGACCAAAGGGAAGGCUGCAGCCUGCAACACAAAUCCUGCACAUCUCCUUUGUUUAUUAGAUCACCAAUCUGUUUCAACGUGAUAAUGGAAGUUGUUUUUAAUAAAGAGUUUCAUCUUUUACUGAGACAAGUCAUGCUUUCAUUGCCCUGUUGCCUUUUUACUUAAAAAAUAAAUAAAUAAAUCAU